AUGUACGGAUAUACGGCGGGCACACCCUGCCCAGCGCCCUAUUCAUCUACCAGCAGCUAUUACAGCGGCUAUGCGAGCCACUACGCGCCGACCUAUUACGACGAGAACAACACGACCACAAACCUCGAAUACACAACCGAACUGAAGCCCACUCGCCAGGCAAAGCCGCGACGACCAAUGCGCAACACGCACAAGCCUGCCUUCAACCCAUCGCUGGAUAUCUUCGAGGAUGUGGCACAGGAGGAGGAACAGCAACAAGCAGAGUUUGAGGUCAAGAGGAGGAGCCGCGCGAGCGUUGUUCCUGCGGCUGUCAGGACAAAGAAGAGCACUAUACUUGCGCAUCCAGCACAGAGGAUACCCAAGCCGGUUGCGCCUGUCCAGGAACCGCAGCAUGAGAGGCUGCACCGAAGACGUGUCGCGCAAAUACCUAGCGACAAGCAUGCGACAGACGUCGAUGCGACAGUGCAGCUACGGGAACAUGUUCUGGAGAAAAAAGAGCUCAAGAAGCAGGCCCCUAGGAAGGACUUGCGACGCAGGACCAUUUACAUUCCGUCCGAUGACACGUCCGUCUUCACUAUCCACCCAGGACAGCCUACACAUGCGUCGCGCAACGUUCGGGAGACCUCGCCAGACAUCGGACUGGAUCUAGUUACAUUGUCCGAGGAAGAAGGAAACAACCUGAUGCCGGCGUUGAAGAGGGACAAGAAGGUACCGCGCAAGUCUCUCGCUGCACCACCGAAGCGAGGUCCUUUGAGCACGACAUCGCGAUCAUCACAGAGCUCAUCCUUCUCGAGCGACAUUGUGGGCUCAGGCGGCGGGAAAGAGAACGUGCCACCAGGAACCGACGCCAUUGAGAACAAGAAGAUCGGUACACACAUCGAAAUCAACUUUACCAAGGCAGAUGCAAAGAAGCCCGCCACAAAGGCCCCCAAGGUCCACUUCAAUGCUCCCAAAGAACCCGAACGGAUACUACACACCAAGAAACGGCCAGAGGGCUCACAGAAACGACCACGAUCGCACGUGGCUCAAGACGAGAUGCCAGCGAAGGCACUCAAGGCAAGAGCAGACGGCACCGCUUCUGCCGCAAGUAGUAGGGCAUCUUUGAGGACAACCAUCAAGACUGAACGAGCGAAACUGGCCAAGGCCAAGCGCGCACCGCUUUCCUCUUCGCCGUUUCAUACCGAUAAAUCUCCACCCACAGCACUGCGCCGUCAGAAGACUGGAAGCGUAGCAAGCAGCAUCACCAUGCUACACGAAGUGGGCCAACGACCGCAAUCACGAGAGAAGUACCCAGUACUACAGGAAGACCUGGCACAGCCAGAGUUGUACGAAGACAACUGGCUUACCUACCAAGAAGUCGCCAUUACACAGCUUCUAAACUCAGUCUUUGACUCUGCGAGCAAAGACCCAAACGCUGAACAGAGCCCUGAGGACAUGCGCAAGAAGAUGCUUGCCAUAUACCACGACCCCACAAUGCCCUCACUGCACAAACGAUUACAAGCUUCACUUCAAUUUGGUGCGCUGAGCAUACCGAAGGAUCUCCUAGCUCAGACGCUCAGGCUCAAGGACGAUGUUGGCCUGCGCAAGAAGUUCCUCAACCUAUGGACUAAGUCGUACGACCUGAACGCACUACGUGCUGCAGCUGAGACUAUUGUUGGCCGCCAAAUUACAACGCCCUGCCGACUAUCCACUGGUUCAACAUGCUCGGAUGAUGGAUCUCGUCAGUAUCGCGCAGAACGCCGGGCUAUUGAGAGCUUUCUGUCCGCCUUUCUCAUCAAGAACGAGGAUGCUGUUCGCGUCAAAUCCGGAGGCGGCAGCAUUGCUAGCCUUACACGCGGCGACGAUGACUUCGGUUCCCAAGGCUGGUCGUGGCGUCGUACCGCAUUGCGAAGUCUGAUGCUGAUUCUGGUCCUCGAUCAAGCGAAGAUGACGGAUGCUUUACCCGGAUGCCUAUUCCAAACGACGUCACCCUAUAAAACGUCUGUUGAGAUCCUGCACCAGUUAUCCAAGAUGCUGCUCUCUUCACAUGGUGAUAUCACUCGACCGCUAAGCCAUCUCAACUACAAGGUCGAACAUGUUCAGUAUCCACUACAGGAGUACACCUACCAGAUCGACAACAUCGCCAUCGAUCUCCGUGAUGGGAUCGCACUCACUCGUCUCGUAGAGUUACUUCUUUACCCAUCAACCGUCCUCACUACGCAACAGGAGGACACCGUUACUCUCAGCCUACCCAGCGGGGAGCUUCUCAACAGCUCUCUCGAUUCCUCGCACAAGGACACUUGGGUCCUCUCCCAGCACCUCAAAUAUCCAGCCAUUGGCCGUCCCCAGAAGGUCUACAAUGUUCAGAUUGCCUUGGCUGCAUUGAGUCAUGUCCCGGGCAUGCCCAGUGCGGCAGUCAGCGGUAUCAGAGCUGAAGACAUUGUUGACGGGCACCGCGAGAAGACACUUUCACUUCUUUGGUCUCUUGUCGGCAAGUGUGGUCUUGGAAGUCUUGUCGACUGGCCGCAGCUUGUUAAGGAGACGGAUCGCUUCCGCAAUCAAUGGUACAGGGCGCGGGAUAGCUAUGAGGGACGAGUCCUCGAUUCCGAGGACGAAGAGGACGAGACGACUGAGCUACAUGGCAUGGCAUACCACAAGCGGCUCCUACUUUCUUGGUCCCGCUCCAUUGCUCGCCUUCAUGGCCUGCGUGUUGCAAAUCUGACGACAAGCUUUGCAGACCCAAAGGUCCUAGAGGUUAUCGUUGAUACCUACUUGCCAUCGAAUCUUACCACCUCCGCUGAAGGAAACGAGCGAUUGGGGCUAGCAGCAAAACUCAAGGUUGUCGGCUGCUCCACUUCAUUCAUUGCGCUUUUCACGCCACAGCACACCACAGCUCGCUCCAUUCCAAGUCGGGACUUCACCCUUCUUACUCUAUCUUUCCUGGCAAGUCGACUAUUGCCGCUUGCACGCACACACCGUGCUGCUUCUACUAUCCAAUCGGCUUUCCGCCGUUUCCUACUCCGCCGCCAGAUCAGCACUCGCAUUCAAGCAAUGAAGAUAGCGCAUGACUGUGCAGUAGUGGCGCAAGCUCGACAGGAGAUGGUCGAUGCUGCCACUGUGAUUCAGAGACGUUGGAAGGCAAUCCAAGAUACCCGACACAAGCAACUUGAAAGCGACGUCUUGGCUUUCCAAGCCCUGGCCAGGGGUUGGGCAAUCAGGCGGUGGGUCCGACGUAUCACUGCUGGUCGAGUCGGCGGAAAGGAGAAAGUCAGGAGGGUCAGGGGUGGAUGGUAA